UAUUAUUGAACAUGAAUAUUUAAAAUAUAGUGUUGAGGAUGAUGUUGAAACAACUAACAAGAAGUGCUUGAAGCGAUGUAAAGACUUACUUAGGAUGUUGUAUGUACCAAGAAAAGGAUUUAAAUAUUCCACACGACUCGUAACCACCAUGGUGCUUUCUUUCAUUCUCAUCUACCAGUUAUAUAUAAUUGGAAUGUAUCUAGUGUAUGAUGCAGUGCCGACGUCAGGAGAAGGCUGGAAACUAGUAGCAGUCGGUAUAUACAUCUCACUGUCGGCAACUUGUUUACUUACUAUAUGUGUGAUACUACACAUAAUGCAGCAGUACAGGGAGAAUAUGCUAGCUGUGUAUAGAGGGGACCAUUCUUUAAUUCCAUCUGUGAUUGAAAACACAACGUUUUCCUUCAGUCCAGCAAUGCGGGUGGUAUCUGCCAGUCGAUACAUGGGAUUUCAAGUUGCCUAUAUGAUUUGGGGUUUUUUCAUUCAGUUUUUGGUUAUUUUAAUUGGAGUUGCUUUUCUGGGAUAUUUCUUGGGUAGCGAUGAUGGCAGGAAAGGACUGUGGCAACUACUCAAAUAUUUAGG